UCCCCUUGUAAGUCCUUAUUUCCUAUGAAUUUUACUCAAGUGAGGAGUUCAUAAGAGGCAAAUAAGAGUUCAGUACAGAAUGAGCUGCUCCACACUGCAAGGAUCCACAGUUGGGGCUCCCUCCACUCUAAGAAACUUGGGGUAUUGCUAAAAUCCUAUUUACUUCAAUUUGGUUAGAAGAUUUUUAUGUGUGACCAUAACAUUAGUCUUACUUAUAAAAGCAACAACAAGAACAAGAAGAGAGGGUGAGAGAGUCAGUGUCCUGCCUGGAAGCUUGUUUGCAUCUGGACAUGGCUUCCUCCAGGGACUUUUAGUUUUACUUGUGUAUGCAGUUGAAAUACUUCCUUCUCUGCCUCCAGUCCCAUUGUAGACUAGAAGUAGCAAUUUAUAGAAGAGAGAGAAAGACGCCAUAAAAAUAGGCUCAGUUUGUUUAAAGUGCACCCAACUUUGGGUCAUGACUCCUGGGAUCAGGCACUUUAUUGUAACCGAUAUAACAAUAAAUUUACAUCUUGAUGCCCUUAAUUAUCAUUAAAUGAUUAAAUUUAGUGUGGUAUUCUUCUGUCAAAGGUACACAAAUAUACAUUAGAUCUGCAUAACUGAAGCCAGUAAUGUACAAUAGGAAGAAACUCAGCUAUCUGGGAAACGUAUGACCUAAACAGACAGUAUCUGGUUAAAAAUGGUUACCUCCCCUCAAUGCCCUCCGACCCCCAUUGUGUAGCAAACACACUCAUGGCUUGAUUGACCACAAUUAUUGCUCUUGAGCAGGGCUCUGUUUGGCCUAAGCUAAUUAUGGUAGUUGAGUCUUUUUUUUCUUUUUUGUGAAUUGCCAUAGUAACCAAUUCAGGAAGGAGCUUAUAGUCAUUCCUCCAACCAGAAGCUCCUAACAUGGCUUUGCUUGCAGGAGACGGGCACUUUUGCUAAGCGGUUAGAAGCAGUGCAGGAAAAGGCUUCCCCUCACCUGUGAGCUAAGAUUUGCAUUUGUGUCUUGGAACUACUCUUUCCACUUUGUUAUUCUGUGUUACUGUGUGAGGUGGGUGAUUCAGUCCCCAUACUGUGUUGAAAUUCAGUAUGUAACGCUACAGUCCUAAGAGGCAUGGCUUUUAGAAGGUAAUUGGGAUGAAGGUAACAAUCAGGGAGGAGACCAUGCUCUUACAGGAAGCUCCCAAGAGAAUUUUCCCUCUGUUACUUUGUCCUACAAGGUUGUUGCAAACCUUAGCUGAGCACAGGCCCAUCUUACUUCCAGACUCCAGAGCUGAGAGAAAUAAAUUUCUACAACUGAUAAAUUAGUCUGAGAAUUGUGAUACUGAAGCACUAACAGAUGAAGCCACCAUGGCAAAGUGGGCCUGGUGCUUAAUGCAGCCCAUGGAAGGAGAGCAGAAUCGAGGGGGAGAAAGCAGAGCUAAGUCUUGGGAGUGUGCACCUGUACUCUCCGUGCUUGGGAGGCUAAUGCGGAAGUCUUACAAAUUAAACAAAGUUUAUAUCUUAUUCUAUGUGUGUGUUUGGCUAUAUCUAUGUAUGUUCACCAUGUAUGUGCCUGGUGCCUGUGGAGGCUGGAAGAGGGCAUUGGCUCUGCUGGAACUGAGUUAUGGACGGUUGGAAGCCAUUAUGUGAGUAUUUGGAAUUAAAUUUGGGUCUUCGGGAAGACCAUUGAGUACCCUUAUGGACUGAGCCAUCUUUCUAGCUCCUAGGAAUGGAGAUUUAAGGCAGUCUGGGUUACACUUUAUUUCAAGGUUAGAAUGUGCUACAUAGAAAUUGUGUCUCAAACUAAAACCAAACCAUCCCUGAACUAAACUAAAUUAGUUGGAGCCCUGAAGUUCUUUCUGGGUCUGAGUUAGUAGUUGUGGUGUCUGUUGACAUUGUUCUCAUUAUGUCUCCAUUUACCUGAAACUGAGAGUACAGAUGCUUUCCUGUGGUCUGCUGGAGACAAUUGGUUGUUAGCACAUAGGUACAGGGGUUUUGUGUGGUUCAAAAGCAUGGGACACCAGAACUGCCUUGCUGGAGUCACAGGGAGUGUCAGUCUGAGACUACUUGGUGAGGUUCAGCAUUCGUCACAGUCAGCACGAGACUGAGAGACUGACAGAACAAAGACUGGAAGAGGGAAGAUCUGAUUAGCCUUAGGAGGAACCAUUGGAAGGAGCCACUGGAGGGACAGGAGAGAGGCGGAUAAACAGUGUCCUUGACGCUCAAGAUGUCGAAGCGAGGACGUGGUGGGUCCUCUGGAGCGAAAUUCCGAACUUCCCUGGGUCUUCCAGUAGGAGCUAUGAUCAACUGUGGUGACAACACAGGAGCCAAAAACUUGUAUAUCAUCUCUAUGAAGGGAAUCAAAGGACGGCUGAACAGACUUCCUGCUGCUGGUGUGGGCGACAUGGUGAUGGCCACAGUUAAGAAGGGCAAACCAGAAUUAAGGGAAAAGGUACAUCCGGCAGUGGUGACUCGACAAUGAAAGUCAUAGCAAAGAAAAGACGGGGUGUUCCUUUAUUUUGAAGAUAAUGCAGGGGUCAUAGUAAACAAUAAAGGUGAGAUGGAAGGUUCUGCUAUCACAGGUCCAGUUGCAAAGGAGUGUGCAGACUUGUGGCCCAGGAUUGCACCCAAUGCAGGAAGCAUUGCCUGAUUCUCCAGUGUGUUUGAAAACUAUAUUCAUUAAAAGUCUUCGCUCUGAGUAAAAAAAAAAAAAAAAAAAAAAA